UACACCGGACAACUUUCUCUGUCGGAAUCCUUCUUGACCUUUAGCUCAACUGAAAAGGGAUUAUUCUUUGAAACCGUCCUUCCGCUUUAUGCAAUCCGUCGUGUAGAACGAGUUUCUGACAAAGACCAUGUCUUUUCAAUCAAACUGGUAAACUGGCAUCAUGGGACAGUAGUAUUUCAUUUGAAUGUCACGAAGCAAGAGUAUGAUACGUUUUCGACCGAAUUGACUACAAAUCUGCGACAACAGAUCAAAUUUAUGAAGAUGAUGAAACAGUUUAUGACCACAUGUGCUUCUGAAGCCCUGGUGAACAACAAGACGCCUGAAGAAUUUGACGCCAUUCCUGGUGGUCUUGGACUUUUGUUUGAAUUCCCUGGAGAUCCCAAGAAACUAAAAGAUAGAGCCAAGAUGCGCGAAUGGAAAAAGAUCUUUUUAGAACACGGUCGUAAUCUGACGGUGGUAAAAACUCCUAGGUUUGCUAAACUUGUUCGCUUUGGAUUACCUAAUCGACUCCGAGGUGAAUUAUGGGAAACAUGUUCGGGUGCAAUCUACCAACGGUUUAUGAACCAAGGGUUGUAUGAGAGGCUACUCGAAGAAAACAAGGACAAGAAUUCAUUGAGUCGUGAAGAAAUUGAAAAGGACCUUAAUAGAUCUCUACCAGAAUAUUCAGCUUAUCAGACCCCUCAAGGCAUUGACAGUCUCCGUCGUGUUUUGACUGCUUAUUCUUGGAAAGAUCCCGAACUAGGCUAUUGCCAGGCCAUGAAUAUUGUUACAUCCGCUAUCUUGAUAUACAUGAGUGAAGAACAAGCGUUUUUCACAUUGAGUGUACUGUGUGAUGAAAUGCUUCCAGGUUACUACAGUACAUCAAUGUAUGGUGCUCUACUUGAUCAGAUCAUCUUUGAACUUUUGCUCGAAACCACCAUGCCUGUUCUUUUCAAUCACUUCAAAAAGGCAGACAUUCAACUAUCUGUGGCCUGCCUUCCCUGGUUCUUGAGUCUGUACAUCAACUCGAUGCCAUUGAUGUAUGCAUUCAGAGUCCUUGAUUGUUUCUUUAUGGAUGGUCCUAGAAUUCUCUUUCAGAUAGGUCUUGCCAUUCUAAAGAUCAAUGGCGAUGAAUUGAUGCAGGCUACUGACGACGGUGCCUUUAUCAAUAUACUAAAGUCUUACUUCAAUACCUUGGACGACCCUCUAUAUCCCGACUCACCUAGUCCAAAAGCUCGUACAUUGACUAAAUUCAAUGCAUUACUCUUGGUCGCUUACAGAGAAUUCAAUGGCAUCACUGGCGAAAAGAUCACCGAACUUCGCCGAUCCCACCAACCAAAGGUGGUAGCUGGGAUCGGAUCCUUCACAAAACGCUCUGCUCUUCGAAACCUAGACCACUCUGGAAACCUGACCAAGGAGGAACAAAGUAUAGUCUAUGAUAAGUUUUACAAUGUACUUUACUACAAAAAGGUGACCAAUGAACAAAAACAACAACCGCGCUACGACUCGCGUGUGGACCAAGCUUCAUUUGAGCUCCUGAUGUGUUCGUUUGCCAAAUGGGCCAAGCUUUCUUCGGAUGAUCAGGCAUUUGAUCAGGAAAGACAAGCCAAGGUGUCUAGCCAUUUUAUGAAUCGCCUGUUUAAGCAAUUCGACACCAAUAAUAUGAAUAGUUUGAGUCUUCAGGAUGUUAUUAUCGGUAUUGGUUCAAUUGUAAAAGGUGAUCACAAUUCACAAAUCAAGCUAUUUUUUGAUCUUCAUGAUGUGGAUCAAGACGGCUACCUCUCCAAAGAAGAAAUCUUGCAGUUUUCGGAAACCUUGCUGUGGUUAUUCAGAAAUACGUCGGAUGAAUCCCAUCUGAACGCCGUAUCUACAUUUUUGCACAAUGCAUUUGAAUACUCUGAAACAAAGCAAGAAACUGAUGCGAUUGAAGAUGGAGAAAAGUACUUGUCCGUAGCAUCAUUAAGGUAA